GCGGGCGAGAGGGGGACCAUCGGCUGGUAAAACUGACGCAACUACCACUCGAUACUGGGAUUGCUGUAAACCCCGCUGCUCUUGGUCUGGUAAAGUGGCUGGAAGCAAUGCGUAUGUGAAAAGUUGUCAAAAAGAUGGUAAUUGGGUUUGGAGCAAUCCUCAUGCUGGCAAUGGAUGUCAUGGAGAAGCAGCAUUCACCUGCAACAAUCAGCAACCAUGGGCUGUGAACGAUCAACUUGCCUACGGUUUUGCUGCUGCCACCAUACCGGGAUUAAGUGAGCAAGACCGUUGCAGUACUUGCUACAAAUUAGAUUUUACUAGUGGUCCGGUUCAAUGA